AUGCGAGCAGUUCGCUUCCACGGACGCGGUGACAUCCGCAUUGACCAGAUCGAAGAACCCGUCUGUCAAAAUGACCAAAUCCGACCUGCGUUCGUUGGAAUCUGCGGAAGCGAUCUCCACGAAUACCUCGCUGGCCCCUCAACCGUCCCUCAAACCCCACACCCAAUCACCAACGCAACACUCCCCGUAACACUAGGCCACGAGUUCAGCGGCAUAAUUGAGGAAGUUGGGCCUGGCGUUACGCGGGUGAAAGUCGGGGAUCGCGUGGCCGUUAAGCCGAACCUGUAUGACGGGACUUGUGCGCGCUGUGUGCAAGGGAGGGUGAACUGCUGUCGGAAUUUGGGGUUUAUUGGGUAUAGCAGUAAUUCCGGGGGUCUAUCGGACCAUGUCGUUGUGCAGGAGGAACGGGCAAGGCUGUUACCGAAUGAGAUCCCGCUUGAUAUCGGAGCCCUCGUCGAGCCUCUCACCGUAGCCUGGCACGCCGUGACGCGCAGCCCCGUGGCAACAGCUCGCACUGCGCUCGUCGUCGGGGGAGGCCCCAUCGGACUCGCCAUUGUGCAAGUGCUUCAGGCCCACGGCGUCGAAUCUAUCGUAGUAGCCGAGGUGUCAGAGCGGCGACGGCGAUUCGCCGAGACCCUGGGUGCCACGGACGUGCUGGACCCGCGGACAGAAGACAUUGAGGCGCGAGUGCGUUCGCUGUCGUGCGACGCGGGGGCGGACAUCGCCUUCGAAUGCUCCGGCGUGCAGGCCGGAUUCGACACUGCACUGAAGGGGGUCCGAGCCCGGGGCACGGUGACGGUUGUGUCGCUGUGGGAGCAGAAGCCGGUGAUUGAUGCGUGGGAGCUGGUCGGGUCCGAGAAGCACAUCGUCGGGUCGGCGAUUUUUGACGGUGACGAUUUUGAGGCUGUUAUUGAUGCCAUCGCGUCGGGGAAACUUAAGCCCCAGUCUAUGAUCACGAGUAAGAUCCGUAUGGAGGAGAUUGUAGAACAGGGGUUCGAGGCAUUGAUUAACGAGCGGGAUAAGCAUGUCAAGAUUUUAAUCGACGUAUCCGCAUGA